GAAAGGGGGGCAUACUAGCCGAUGACAUGGGCCUUGGUAAAACUAUCCAGGUGAUCUCUUUCCUGUCUGGCAUGUAUGAUGCUGAGCUGGUGAAACACACGCUGAUCGUUAUGCCAACUUCACUUAUCAUAAACUGGACCAAAGAGUUUGCCAAGUGGACCCCUGGGAUGAGGGUCAAGGAGUUUCACGGUACAAGGAAAGCGGAGCGAAUCAGACAAUUGGAUAAAAUUCAGAGGAGAGGCGGAGUGAUCAUUACCACAUACCAAAUGCUGAUCAAUAACUGGCAGCAGCUGGCAUCUUAUAACGGCAAAGAGUUCAAAUGGGACUACUUGAUUUUGGACGAAGCACACAAGAUAAAAACAACAUCAACUAAAACAGCAAAGAGCGCAUAUGCCGUCCCAGCCCGAAACCGGAUCCUUUUAACCGGCACGCCUGUCCAGAACAACCUGAGAGAAAUGUGGGCCCUGUUUGACUUCGCCUGCCAAGGGGCUCUCCUGGGUACAGCUAAAACUUUCAAAACAAUGUAUGAGAACCCCAUCACACGUGCCAGAGAAAAGGACGCCACGCCAGGGGAGAAAGCUCUGGGACUGAAAAUGUCUGAAACUCUGAUUACCAUGAUAAGCCCCUAUUUCCUCCGCAGGACCAAAGCCGAACUGCAGAAGAGGAAACAGAAAGGCAAAGAGGUCAGUGAGGAGACAGGGGUGUGUGAGGCCAAUCAACAAAUUGAAGCUAAAGCCGUCAUGCCGACGCUAACAAGGAAGAAUGACCUCAUUGUCUGGACUUACCUGAGUGCAGUGCAGGAGGCUAUCUAUCGACAGUUCCUUUCUCUUGACCACAUCAAAGAGCUCCUGAUGACCACCAGAUCGCCCCUGGCUGAGCUAAAUGUCCUCAAGAAACUCUGUGACCACCCAAGGCUCCUUUCUGCUGCCGCAGUGACUAAACUGGGCUUGGAGGAGACCGCUGCUGAAAGCCAACAGGAUGUUGAUAGAGAAUUAGAUUCUCACAGUAUCGGCAACAUACCCGAUGAAGCACUGAUAUCAGAGUCUGGAAAGCUUGUGUUUCUGAUCUCGCUUCUCGAGAGGCUCAAACAGGAAGGUCACCGCACUCUUGUCUUUGCACAUUAUAAGAAGGUGCUGGACAUUAUGCAGCGUGUGCUGGUGAACAGAGGCUUCAAGGUAAUGAGGAUGGAUGGGACCAUAACCCAGCUAGCUGAGAGAGAGAGGCUCAUCUCGCUGUUCCAGGAAGACAAACGGUACUCAGUCUUUCUACUGACCACCCAGGUAGGCGGGGUUGGUAUCACCCUGACUGCAGCCAAUCGAGUGGUGAUCUUUGACCCCAGCUGGAACCCAGCCACAGAUGCCCAGGCAGUCGACAGAGCUUACCGCAUUGGCCAAACGGAAAAUGUGGUCAUCUACAGACUGAUCACCUGCGGGACGGUGGAGGAGAAGAUCUAUAGGCGGCAGGUGUUCAAAGACUCUCUGAUUAGACAGAUGACUGGAGACAAGAAGAAUCCAUUUCGCUACUUCAGUAAACAGGAGCUGAAGGAGCUGUUUAUGCUGGAGGACACACGGUCCUCAACCACCCAGCAGCAGCUACAGUCUCUGCACUCCAGACACCGAAGGACAGAUCCUGAGCUGGAUGAACACAUCGCCCAUCUCCACUCCCUGGAGAUGUUUGGAAUCUCUGAUCAUGACCUCAUCUACUCGCUUGACACCAACAAUCACGACGAUGCCCCCCAAAACCAGGCAUCGCACCAGUACAUCAAGGGGAGGGUGCACAAAGCCCAAGAGCUGAUGAAGGCCGAGUCUGAGUUAAACAUGCAGUUGAUGGAGCGCAUGUCAUUGAGCACUGAACCGGCCUGGCUCAGACAACCAGUUCAGCCCAAUGGAGAGAGAUCAAAUGAGAAGAAGCCACGAAAAACAAGACCCAGCCCAUCCCUUCUACAUGAUGAUGAUUUCAACAAGUCGUCUGUUCUGAUGGAUCUGAACCAGUCUGCUUCAGACUUGGAAAACAAUCAACAGAACCAAAGAAACGGGUUUGUUGAUCUAACUGAUGAAGACAAAAGUCUGACUGAAAAACCAUUGGCUUUAGAGGUUAGUCAGGACAAUGUGGAAGCGAUUAAUUCGUCCAAGGAGGAACAAAGUGUCUUGGCGAUAGAAAACGUGUCUGUGCAGGAGAUGGAGGAUGUCGCUGUCACUGCGGAGGGCAACAUCAGUUUGGAUUAUAUUCCAUCAGCAGGAAUUUCGCCCUUAAAACGUGACGACACUCAGAUUGCAGAGGUCAGUGUGGACACGAAGAUGCCCUGUGUUCCAUCACUUCUGAGUCAAAGAGACUCAGCAUUACUGAUGCCUAACACCAGCAAAAAGGCUGAAACAUCCUCAAACAUCAGUGCAGGGCUUGAGUCUUUUGAAGGCAACUUCAAUUUGCAUCUGGAAGACAGUGACAUGUUUACAGGAUGCAACAUAAUCGAUGAACAUGAAACAGAGUCUCAGGAAAGAAAGUUGCUGUCCCAGUUACAGAUGGAGGGAAGUUUUGAUAUCGAAAAAUCCCUCUCAGACAGACGAGCUGACAUCCAGCUCAGCCAAAUCCUUGAUUGCUCCCAAAUCAAUGACUCAGACGGAACAAUGGAGAACUUCUAUAUAACCACAAAGAAGAAAAGGGCUGCAGUAAUUUAUGAUAGCGAGGAAGAAGAAGAUCAGGAGCAAUUGGUGACCAGCCAAUUGGACAUCUCUAUCCAAGCGUUGGGAGCCUCCACCCCCAAGUCAUUUCACCGUGAAGCGUCUACUCUGAAGGGCCGUAAAAGUGUGGGAGGGAAUACUUCUGUGGCCUCCCGGGUUUCCUUCAUCCAGUCUCUAAUGGAAGACAUAGAGAACCCAGAGGACGACCACAGUGGUGAUGAUGACUAUUGUGACGGUAUUUCAGAGGACCAUUCUCACGUUACCAACAGAGAUGAUGUCUGUAGUUCUCAUGAUAAGCUUGAAUUGGAGGAGACCAACAGGGAGAUGCUAAACACGGAGGACAAGGAGGAGGGAGAAGAUGCCACUGGGUUGAUGGAAUCUACUGCGGAGUCAGGUUCAGGAGAGGAAUUGGGUAGUAAUUUCCGGGAAUCGACCAGUGACAUCGAAUUAGCCUCUGAUGAAAGAGUGGAACAGUACACAGUUUGCACAGCAGCCAAAUCAGACACAGCAACAGACGCCUCCUGCAUGUCCUCCCCGUCUCCCCCAGAGGGUGACAGUUAUGACUCCUUGGUCAGAAAAGGGAAGCAGUUUUAUUGUGAGGGGAAACUAGACAAAGCCCUGGAAUGCUUUUUAAGAGCGAUUGACAUAAAAUCCGGCGAUCCCGAAAUUCAACUCAUGACCAUCCAGCUGUAUCGGCAGCUGACUCGGGAAUAAAUCCUGCAGUCACUUUCCCUUUACAGGCAGUGUGCUGUACCGACGUGGCCCGAACAGCCAGCAGAUAUUUAACCACAGUCCUGCAGAGGAAGGAGUUGGCGUUCAUGGUUUCUAGCUGCAGAGCCGUGGUGCAGGCCGGGGUUCUCAUGGCAGUCCCUACGAGAGGAGUACAUACAGGCACACUCACCAUCGUCUGGUUCUUUGGAUGUAUUUGUACAGCACAUAUUUCAGACUCAUGCUUUCAUACGCUAAUAUUAAUGUUCGAUUAAGUUGCCGUAUGUUGUGUAUAUGUUCAAGUUGGCUGUUGUGCUAAGUGCUGCUGCGCUUUGAUUUUGCACAUUUUCGUCCGUUUUGUUUAGUCUGUUUCUACAAAUCUAAAGUAUAACACAACUCUAUAAAAUAUGUUCUUUAAAACUUCCCUUGCCCUUAUCAG